AUGACUCCCACGCUGCUCACUUGCGCCUCCCACCUCCUCUCCCACUCCGCCCGCCGCCUCGCCCGGAACCCUACCAGCCCCCUCCCCGCCCUCCGCCUCCUCUCCCUCCUCCCCGCCUCCUCCCCGCUCCGCGCCUUCUGCCCCCGCGCCUCCCGCGCCGCCGUCUGCUCCGCAUACUCCUCCUCCGCCAUGGCGGACGUCGCCGACGCCGACAGCAGCAACAACCCGCUGCUCGCCGACUUCGACUUCCCGCCCUUCGACCGCGUCGAGCCCGCCCACGUCCGCCCCGGGAUCCGCGCGCUCCUCGCCCGCGAGCUGGAGGAGCUGGAGAAGGGCGUGGAGCCGGCGUGGGAGAAGCUCGUCCACCCGCUCGAGCGCAUCGUCGACAGGCUCGACGUCGUCUGGAACGUCGUCGACCACCUCAAGGCCGUCAAGGACUCCGCCGACCUCCGCGCCGCCGUAGAGGACGUCCAGCCCGAGAAAGUGAAGUUCUACCUGAGGCUGGGGCAGAGCAAGCCAAUCUACGAGGCCUUCAACGCCAUCAGGAAUUCUUCAGACUGGGACAGCCUCAGCGACGCCCGCAAGCGUGUUGUCGAAGGCCAAAUAAAGGAUGCUGUUCUUGGUGGAGUUGCGCUCGAGGAUGAGCAGAGGGAGAAAUUCAAUCAAAUCCAGCAAGAACUUGAAAAGCUGUCAGAGAAGUUCAGUGAAAAUGUGCUGGAUGCAACAAAGAAAUUUGAGAAAUUGAUUACUGAUAAGAAAGAAAUCGAUGGUUUACCUGCCUCAGCUCUUGGCUUAGCAGCACAGACUGCUGUUUCAAAGGGUCAUGAAAAUGCUUCAGCUGAAAAUGGACCUUGGAUGAUCACACUAGACGCACCAAGCUUCAUGGCUGUCAUGCAACAUGCCAAGAACAGGGCUCUCCGUGAAGAAGUAUAUCACGCUUAUCUAACCCGUGCAUCAAGCGGCGAUCUUGAUAACACCGAUAUCAUAAGUCAGAUUCUGAAGUUGAGGCUAGAGAAGGCUAAACUACUUGGCUACAAGAACUUUGCUGAGGUAAGCAUGGCUCGGAAAAUGGCAACUGUUGACCGGGUGCAAGAGCUUCUUGAGAAAAUCCGUGCUGCUUCCUGGGAUCAUGCUGUCCAAGAUAUGGAAGACCUAAAAGCCUUUGUGAAAGAUUCUGGUUCUGCAGAAGCCAAUGAUCUAGCACACUGGGAUCUUAACUUCUGGAGUGAACGGCUGCGGGAAUCUAAAUAUGACAUCGAUGAGGAAGGGCUGCGUCCUUACUUUGCACUGCCCAAGGUUAUGGAUGGCCUCUUCAGUCUUGCGAAUAAGCUCUUUGGAAUAACCGUUGAAGCUGCAGAUGGAUUGGCUCCUGUUUGGAACAGUGACGUCAAAUUUUAUUGUGUCAAAGAUUCUUCCAAUAGCCCCGUUGCUUAUUUUUACUUCGACCCAUAUUCAAGACCAUCUGAAAAGCGUGGUGGGGCUUGGAUGAAUGUCGUCUUUUCUCGUAGUAGUGUGCUAGCUCGCCAUGGGUGUUCUGUAAGGCUGCCUGUUGCCCAUAUGGUGUGUAAUCAGAUGCCACCAGUUGGCGAUAAGCCCAGUCUUAUGACCUUCCGUGAGGUUGAAACCGUGUUCCAUGAAUUUGGUCACGCGCUGCAGCAUAUGCUUACCAGACAAGAUGAAGCCUUUGUUGCUGGUAUCAGUGGAAUAGAAUGGGAUGCCGUAGAGUUACCCUCUCAGUUCAUGGAAAACUGGUGCUAUCACAAGAAUACUCUUUUGAGCAUUGCAAAGCAUUAUGAAACCGGUGAACCUCUUCCAGAGGAAAUCUAUGCUAAGCUUGUGGCUGCAAAGAAUUUCCGUGCUGGCACCUUCAGUCUCCGUCAGAUACGUUUUGCAAGUGUGGAUAUGGAACUGCAUACAACUUAUGAUCCAAGUGGACCAGUGUCCGUGUAUGAUGUUGACCGAAGGGUUGCAGAAAAAACCCAGGUUCUUGCUCCUCUGCCUGAGGACAGAUUCCUGUGUGGAUUCAGCCACAUUUUUGCAGGUGGCUAUGCAGCUGGAUACUACAGUUACAAGUGGGCUGAAGUACUAUCAGCUGAUGCAUUCUCAGCAUUUGAAGAUGUUGGUCUGGAUAAUGAGAAGGCAAUUGAGGAGACCGGCAGACGAUUCAGAGAAACGGUUCUUGCACUUGGAGGUGGAAAAUCUCCUCUCGAGGUUUUCGUUGCUUUCAGAGGACGGGAGCCGUCGCCGGAGCCACUGCUCAGGCACAACGGCCUGCUACCUGUCGCCGCAUAG